CAUUUCCUCAUUCCUAUCCCUUUCUGCGGCUCAGCCAACACCGUACCGGCCUCCGAAACCAUGAAGUCUCUCCUCAUCACGAAUCUUUUCUGGAUUCUAACUUUCUCCAAGCUUGGAGAAGCCCACAAGUGCUUAACGCUACCCAGUGAUAGGGAUUGGCCGAGAGAUCAUGAUUGGGAGCAACUCAAUCGAACGGUAAAUGGAAACCUGGUAGCGACAACUCCCAUCGGCUCUCCUUGCCAUGAUCCAAGUUACGAUGCCGUUGCCUGCGACAAGCUGAAGGCAGAAUGGCUCAAUCCCUUGACGCAUAUUCCUUCUUCGCACUCCAUCAUGCAGUCCUACUUUGCCAACCAGAGCUGUGAUCCAUUCACAGACAGAGCCAAGCCUUGUUCGCUCGGCAACUAUGCGGCCUACUCUGUCAAGUGUACCACGUCUGCAGACGUAGUGGCUGCCGUCAGAUUUGCGGGGGCUAAAUUCAUUCGCAUCGUCACGCGCAAUACCGGUCACGAUUUCCUCGGGCGCUCAACCGGCGCUGGAGCUCUUGCUGUUUGGACACAAGGACUGAAGGAUAUUUCUUUCGGAACUUGGUCUGAUAAAUACUACUCUGGCCCUUCAGUCACGGUUGGUGCAGGCGUCAUUGGCUACGAGAUCCUCGAGGCUGCCGCGAAGCAAGGCUUGACAGUGGUAUCAGGAGAAUGUGCAACUGUUGGUCUUGCUGGAGGCUUCACGCAGGCAGGAGGCCACAGCGCUCUCAGCACUCAGUUUGGUCUAGCUGCCGAUCAAACCCUCUCAUUCGAAGUAGUCACAUCUUCGGGCAAAGUUGUCACUGCCUCAGCUACAGAGAACUCUGAUCUGUACUGGGCUCUCAGUGGCGGCGGUGGUGGAACUUUUGGUAUCGUCACUUCCAUGACUGUUCGAGCGUACGAGUCAAAGACCGUAGGCGGUGCAGCAAUGCAACUUCUUGCAUCUUCAACAACACCUGAAAAGUUCGCAGCUGCGCAGGCUAAAUUCCAUGAGCUCAUGCCUGCUAUGAUCGACGCAGGAGCUAUGGUUGUUUUUCUUAUCAACACUCAAUUCCUCGUCCUCAAGCCUGUCACUGUCUGGGAUUCCACUGCUUCAUAUGUCAAAGACGUCGUCCUCAAGCCUUUUUCAGACGCACUCGUCGAGCUAGGCAUUACUCCACCAAUUGCUUACAGCGAGCUAUCCUAUCGCGAUCACUACGAUAGAUACAUGGGUCCUCUUCCUCGUGGAAGUUUUGAGGUCAAUCGUUACCAAUUUGGUGGCCGCUUGAUUCCACGCAGCGUCCUAGAGAACAACACUGCUGAAUUAACAAAAGUGUAUUCCGAGCUCAUAUCUGAGGGCGUUCUUCUAGCCGGAAGUUCGGCCAACUACGAAAAGCGAUCUGGAACACCCGACAACGCUGUGCUGCCUGCAUGGCGCGACACAAUCACCCAGCUUCAACUCAUCACCAAUUGGGAUUCCUCCGCUCCUUGGGAAACCAUGGAAGCCGAUCAAGCAAAGAUAACCGAUGUUUUCAUGCCCAAAAUCGAGGCUGUCACUCCUGGAAGUGGCGCUUACAUGAACGAGGCGGAUUUCCACCAGAAGAAUUGGCAGUCCACAUUUUUUGGUCAAAACUACGACGAAUUGGUACGGAUUAAGAAGAGGUACGAUCCCCUAAACGUCUUUUACGUCCUAAAAGGGGUGGGGAGUGAGGAAUGGGAUGUGGAUACUGAUGGAAGGAUGUGCCGGGCCUAG